UACAAUUUUCAAUAGCAAUACAAUUGAGCAUUUUCACCGGCAGCAGAGAAGCGGAAGCUCGAAUAGUCAAAUAAAUUCGACAAUGAUGCCGCCACCAACCGGAAUACUGCCAUCUUUCCGCGAAUCCAACCAUCCACAUGCGGUUGUGCAACAGUCGCAUCGAACUCAGAUCCCCCCUCCCUCCCGCUCUAUGAACUCUGCUGAAGCCAGAGUUCAUCAAGGCCAACAAAAAUUCAUUUCCCCCGCCCGACCAUUCGGCCUACUUCACCGCUCUCCGAAUAAUUCUGAUCCAAAUAGAACCCUUCAUACCAGCCCAAACAAUUAUGGGCUUAGUGCAGGCGUCAAAAUAGGGCGGCCCAACGAUUCUAAUUUUACAACCGCAGAAGUUCGAAGAGAAGUGUUUAGCCGACCUGCUCUCUAAAAAUGUUAUUUCCAUGGUAUACGAUCCUCUUUGACUAUUCCCACUUCCCAUCCCUUGUGCAACUUAACUUAGCUUUCGCUUCCUCUGAGUGGCUAUCAUUUGCAAUAACAUGUCCAACAUCCUGUAUGUGAAGAACCGUUGUCUGGCAGGCUUGAAUGGAUAUCUAAAAACUGCCAGUAAAAAAAUAAGCGAAAACUAUAAACAAGAGUUGUGCUGUUAGGGUGGACACUUGAAAAUAUUUUUCCUUGCCGCUUUCGAGCGCCUCAGAUGCAUGGCAUCGUUCAUUUUUCCAAAGCAUAACAAAGCUCAUUCCAGGAUUCUUUUGAGAGAGCAAGUGCGCAAGGCAAGCAUAACUUUCAGAAAGUAAUAUCUCUUCUAUCCUUCUUUUCACCUUGUCAAUGAGAUUAUCCGGCAUUUGAUAUACUAUACAUGCUAUAAUCCUACUGCAUCUAAGAGAAUAUCAAAUGUCAAACCCCUAAGGCGAGGUAUCUUCGUCAUCAGAAUUAAGACGCGAAAUUACGGCGGUGUCACGAGCUCUUAUGGAGUCUAUACCCCGUGGGAAAAUUCAAUAUAUAUGGCUGAUAAACGG